CAGCAGUUGAGAUCCUUCCCUGAGAUAAAUUGUCUCCCGUGAACAUCGGCAACGAAACCCUAGAAUCGACGGGAGGCGAGGCGGCGCCCGAGACAAGCGAACAGGAAAUCACGGAGGAGGCGAAGGAAGGAAGAGGCAAUCAUGUUCCGGCGGGCUGUGGGUUCCCUCCUCGCACGGGGGUUCUCGCCUCGUGCGACCCCAAGCACUGCUCCUGCGCGCUCUCUCCACUCCUCGAGGGAUCUCGCCAUCGGUAAUGGCCUUCUUGCUGCUUAUGUUUUUGCCGCGGGUAUGUUGGCUGGUGGCGGUGGGGGGUUGGUGAUUCUGCAUUUCAAGCAAGGCACUGGUGUUGAUCGAUCAGCUGCUGCUGGCAAGCUGAACCACAAGGUCAAGUUUAAGAAGCCGGACAUGAAGCAGAAGUUUGAGCGUUGGAUUGUCGAGCACGAAAAGACAUACCGGGAUGAGGAAGAGAAGGCUAUGCGGUUCGAAUUGUUCAAGGCCUCCCUCGAGAGUAUGGAAGCGCAGCUCCCGCCGGUCGAGGAGAGUGGUGUGCUUCCACAGGUAAGCUGUUUGGCAGACUUUACAGACGAGGAGAGACGGGCGAUGUACGGAAUUAAGAGGAGUGCCCAGGAGUACAGCGAGAUGGUCAAGUCUGCCUGGGCCAAGCAAGAGAAAGGAGAGCCCUAUUGAUAAGGAGGCCAGGCAUGAAGCAGAGCGACACGCGGGCAACUCAAGGCUCUGCAUAGAAUGGUGCCUGGUCAAUAAAUCAGGAGGCGACAUGGUGCCACACGAGAAUUGUAUCCACACUACUCAUUUCUUCAUGAUUCGUGUUGCAUUUACACUGCCAAAAGGUAUAUAGGUCGUAUUCCACAGAUAAUAGAUGAGUAUGGCUCACAGAUCUGCACAAGUGCAGCUAAAGCCCCAUUGAUGACCGCACUCAUCCCACACUAUUGAUCAGUGGAGUUAUUCUCUUAGUUA